CUGCAGCGUCGGUGUGUGAGUCUCUGCUGAGGAGCCGGAGGUCGUCUGGAUACACAGGCAGCGUCUAUUCCUGCUUUUAAAAGUCUACACAAGAAACACAAACGAUGCCGAACUGGGGAGGAGGAAACAAGUGCUCGGCGUGCCACGGAACGGUUUACCACGCCGAGGAGGUGCAGUGCGACGGGAAGAGUUUCCACAAAUGCUGUUUUCUCUGCAUGGUCUGCAGGAAGGGCUUGGACAGCAACAGUCUGGCUAUUCAUGACCAGGAGAUCUACUGCAAGUCGUGCUACGGGAAAAAGUACGGCCCCAAAGGCUACGGCUACGGUCAGGGGGCCGGGACGCUCAACAUGGACCGAGGGGAGCGGCUGGGAAUCAAACACGAAGAGACACAGACCCACAGACCGACCACCAACCCCAACCCCUCCAAGUUUGCCCAGAAGUUUGGAGGUUCAGACAAAUGUGCCCGGUGUGGAGACUCAGUCUAUGCAGCUGAGAAGAUCAUGGGCGCAGGCAAGCCGUGGCACAAGAACUGCUUCCGCUGUGCUAAAUGUGGAAAGAGCCUGGAGUCGACCACUCAGACUGAGAAAGAAGGGGAGAUCUACUGCAAAUCGUGUUACGCCAAGAACUUUGGGCCCAAAGGCUUUGGUUAUGGCCAAGGAGCCGGCACUCUGGUUCACGCUCAGUGAUGACAUGCUGCUCUACAUUCCUCCGUCCGACAUGAACGCCCACCGGCCCUCGUCUUUCCUCCCUCGUGUGCUUUUAUGUUAAAGUCUGUGCUCAUGAUACAAAUAAAAAUCAUUAACAAACCCAAACCCGCUUGUUCACAUUUGACUGUAUUUUAUUAUUAAAGCCAUUAAAACUGAACCAUGCCCAUAUGUUUACAUCUGAAGCGGAGUUACAGUGAUGUCUGAAGGUGGGCAGAGAGGCACUGGAGAUGAUUAUGUGCUUUAUCUUUUUUUGUGUUUUUUGUAUAUAUUUUAUUAUCCCACAUGGCGAAGGGGAGAGGGGAGACAGAACAGAACAGAAACUUUUCAGGCUGCUGGAAGAACUAGUGAGGACUGAUACGGCUUUGAAUUCAUAUCCUGGAUGAGUUCUGCCCUAGAAAAAAAACAAAAAAAACAGGAGCGCUCCUUUUUUUCUUUUUUUACCUCCUGUCACUUAAAAGGCAAUAUUAUAACACAAGUGGUUAGUUACUGAUAUGAAAUCAAGUCACGACCUUUGACCUUUAAAGCACGCAAUCACUGGCGGCCUUGUGUCUUUGCAGGGCAGAAAUGACAUCAUGAUCAGUGGUUGGUUAUCAAAGAUGGGGGGACGACAUGGAACAACGACAUAACUGUCCCCUGAUGACUAUGAUGAUGAUGCAAACACGAGGCCCAAAAGUUCUGGAGGCCUCCAUUUUAAUAGAACCUCCCCUCUACCCUUUAAACUAUUGCAUGAUCACAUUUCAGCUUUUAGAAAACAAAAAAAGGAGUUGGCGUCUGCCGUAGUUCUCUAGUGUCUUUGCUUUACAAUUUGUACAUCCAGUGGUAUAACAAACCCAGCGAUAUAUGACAUAGAAAAAAACAAAAAAACCUUUAGGAUGACUACAGAGUCCACAAGCAUGGAACAUUCCAAAAAAUAUUACACACUUGCACAGGAGGGCCCGACUGCAAAUCUGGCAACCUGAAAGAAAACUUCCACUAAACACACUGGAUUUGAGAGAAAUCAAACUGAUUCAAAAAAAACAUAUACAGACAAAUUAACAUAAUGCAGAAAAGUACUUGCAAAUACUCAACAUUCACUAUAUACAGACACGUGGCUUGCCGGGCUGUCACCAUGGUGACGACUACGCGGUCGGGUUGAUGGGAGGGGGGGACGACGACGACGUGAGAGCCCAGCUGUCCCGAGCAUCGUACAUGCAGUGGAUAGUCCUCGGCAGGGGGAGGGUUUGGGUAUUUAGGGGUUAAAAUGCCUAUAGACAGCAUGUGUCGGACAUCACUAGAAGCUACGGUCAUACACUUGGAAUAUAGUCACUUGAUCAUCUUCUUUCCGUUUGGUUGGAACCCCCCCCCCCCC